AAAUGAAACAUGUUCAAGAAGAUCCUAUAAACUCUCCUCUGAAAAAUGAUUUGGUCGAACUAAAAGCUUCUGAAUUUCGUCUUCAACAAAAGGUUCAUGAAUUAGAACAACAAUUAACUAAUGCUCAAGGGAAAUAUCAACAAUUACAAUUUAUGAGAAAUGAAUUAAAAUCAUUACAAGAUUCAGAGUCCGGACAAAAAAUGAUCAUAUUCCAAUUGCAAACUCAACUACAAGAAACAAAAGAAGCCAAAGAAACUGUUAUAAGAGAAUGGGAAAAUAUGAAAGAUAAUUUUUGUGCUCAAACAAAACUCGUUGUGACCCUUGAAGGAGGAUUACAAACCAUGAUGGAAGAAUUGAACAUGGCCAAAGAAAGUCAUGCAGCUAGUUUAAAGGAACUUGAUAGUAUGACAAACUAUUUAACCAACAUUUUGGAACAACGAGAUGAGAACG